ACUAUUGAAAAAAGAACUGGAUUUUCCUCUGCAUACGAAAAAAAAGUAUUAAGUGAAGUUUAAAAGCAGUUGUCGUUGAAGAAAACAUAGUUAUUGCGUAAAUUACAAGAACAUCUUAAGAAAUCAUGUCUAAAUUAUUGGGUGUGCCACUCAAGAAACCCUCAGAAGUUGAUGUGGAGAAGCCACUGAACAAUCUUAUCCAGAGUACAUAUAGCGGUGCUUCUGCGGAGGCUAAAGAAACCUAUAAAACUGCAGUUCAACAAUUUGCUCGACAACGCAAUUCAUCGAUAUGGAAAUUCUUUGAAAAAUACGAAUCUUCAUUGGAAAUAGUUUAUGCCUACUAUGAUCAGAUUUGUAUGUUGGAGACAAAAAUACCGGUCAACGAACUCCAAAUACCCUUCAAGUGGAAGGAUGCUUUCGAUAAGGGCACAAUAUUUGGUGGCAGAAUAAGUUUGACCCAUACUUCAUUGUUGUACGAGAAAGUUUGUGUACUUUUCAACAUCGCUGCUCUUCAAAGUCAUGUUGCUGCCACUCAGUCUCUGGAUAGUGAUGAGGGUCUUAAGUUAGCCUUAAAACUUUUACAACAAAGUGCUGGUAUUUUCCAGUAUUUGAAAGGUGCUGUGCCAGCCGCUGUUCCAUCCGAGCCAACACCUGAUCUAAAUCAAGAUACUUUAACCUGUUUGCAGGCUUUGAUGAUUUCUCAGGCCCAGGAAGUUUUCAUAAUGAAGGCAAUUAAGGACAACAUGAAAGAAAAUAUCAUUGCAAAGCUAUGCUGUCAAUGUGAAGAAUUCUAUGCUGACGUAUUGAGGGCCAUGCAAAAGGAUUCGGUACGUUCCUUAUGGGAAAAAGAAUGGAUUCCCACUAUUGCUGGCAAACAGGCUGGUUUCCAUGCUUUGACACAACUCUACCAGAGUUUAGCUUGCCGAGCUGCUAAGAAAAUUGGUGAGGAAAUUGCACGUUUACGAAAUGCGGUUGAUCUCUUUAAAGCAGCCCAAUCUAGAUCCGGCAAUCCCACCUAUAUGGAUGAAUACUUUAAUAAGGCUAAGCGUAAUUUGGCUGAAUCGACGAAAGACAAUGAUUUAAUUUACAAUGAAAUGAUACCAGAUAUUAGUGCAGUGCCUUCGCCUGGAAAGGCUCAGCUGGCAAAACCUUUACCCAUAGCCAAGCCAAUGUCUAAAGAUUUCGAUGACAUAUUUAAGGAAUUGGUACCAGUUGAAUUGCAUCGUGCAUUGCAGGCUUCUGACAUGCGCAAGAACGAAAUUGUUAACGUGGAAAUAAUGAAAUUACGUGAAGCCACACAGACUUUGAAUGGUGUAUUAGCAAGUCUUAAUUUGCCAGCUGCCGUUGAGACCACCGAUGGUGGUUCUGGUUUGCCACCUUCGUUAAUUGAAAAAGCCAACGAAGUUCGCCAGAAAGGUGGCAUUGAAAGUAUUCAUACCCAUUUGAAGGAAUUGCCCGAAUUACUGAAUCGCAAUCGUGAAAUUUUGGAUGAAACCGAAAGAAUCUUAGAUGAAGAGCGUGAUUCGGACAACCAAUUGCGCUCACAAUUCAAAGAGAGAUGGACACGUAUCUCUUCCGAUAAACUUACCGAAAUGUUUCGCACUAAUGCCAAAAAGUAUCGCGAAGUUAUUAAUAAUGCUAUAGCUGCUGAUAAAAUUGUACGCGAGAAAUUUGAGAAGAAUCAAAAAGGCAUUGAACUCUUGUCAUUGCCCAUCGAACAAUUACAACAAUCCAUGCCCGCAGCUGGCGGCUCUGUAGAUCCCAACUGUGUUAGUGUACAAAAGCUGAAAAAUCUAAUGGAAGCUGUCGAAACCAUAAAGGCCGAACGUGAUGCCAUAGAAUCUGAAUUGAAAUCAGCUACCUUCAAUAUGAAAGAUGAAUUCUUGGAAGCUUUACGCAAAGAUGGUGCUAUUGAUGAAGCAGCACUAUCUCUGAAACGCAUUGGUGAAACUUUAAAUCCCUUGCAGGGACAAGUAAAGGAGAGUGUUGAGCGUCAACAGACUUUGGUCACGGACAUACAAGUAGCACAUAGCGAAUUUGUUGCUGAGACCGGGUCAAGUGGCAAUUCUCGCGAUACUUUGUGUCAAGAAUUGGCCACUGCCUAUGACAGUUUCAUAGAACUAUUGGGAAAUCUCAAGGAGGGCACUAAAUUCUAUAAUGAUUUGACCGAAUUAUUGGUGGUGUUCCAAAAUAAAAUAUCUGAUUUCUGUUUUGCUCGCAAAACUGAAAAGGAGGAAUUACUCAAAGAUUUAACAACCGAGUCAAGUCGCCAGGCACCAGGUCCAACACCUACAUUACCAUCUCAUUAUUCCUCGACAUCGGGCAGUGGAAGUGAUAUAUCAUCGGCAACAGCAUCGUCUCCUGCUGUACCAACUGCUGCUGCAACUGGUAGUGUACCCUAUCCACAAGCUGUUCAAGGAAUGCCUAUGCCUUAUGGUGCUGGACCUAAUGUUCCUUAUCCUUCGUAUGUACCACCACCAAUGCCACAAAGUUUUAAUCCGUAUGCUACAUUGCCAUAUCCAGGAAAUGCCUAUCAGUAUGCCGGCUUUCCACAAGGUCCACCACCUGGACAUUAUGGCACUUACCCCGGAAGUUAUGCUCAUCAACAGGGAGGUUAUCCCAAUCAAAAACCACCAGGCUGGUAGACGAGAAAAGGCAUUUUUAAUCACAACAAUUUAUUAUAAAGCAAAUAAUUAACCAUUAAUAUUUUAAUUUAAAUAUUUAAUUUUUUUUUAUUUUAUUAAGUUCAUUAAUUUUUCUAUUUUUUUUUUGGUUUUAAUUCAAUUAAUGAAUUUUAGUACAUAUAUUUCAGAGUUUAGAGCAAAAUUAAAUUCAAAAUUUUAUACACAAGAUAUUUCGUAAUUAUUAAAACAUUCAUGUUGUUGGUGUUUUUAUUUAUUAUAAAUAUUAUUGCAUAAAAGUAUGAAAAUGUUUUUAAAACAAGUGAACACACAUUUCAAAAAUAUUUUAGUGAUUUGUUCCAAGUAUUGUGGAUUUUAUAGAGUAAACAUUAAAUAUACCAAUAAAUAAAGAAAAUAUUGUUAAACAAAAAA